UAUUCAAACCAUUUGUAUCCAGAUAACCUCUCACACCUGUCUUUCUUAGGUGCGUUUCAUUUCUAAGAUCUGGCACCCUAAUAUCAGUUCUGUGACAGGAGCAAUAUGUCUGGACAUUUUAAAAGACCAGUGGGCAGCUGCUAUGACCCUGCGGACGGUGCUGUUGUCUCUACAGGCUCUCCUCGCUGCAGCAGAACCAGAUGAUCCACAGGAUGCAGUAGUAGCAAACCAGUACAAGCAGAACCCAGAAAUGUUCAAACAGACGGCAAGGCUGUGGUCUCACGUCUAUGCAGGCGCUCCUAUCUCCAGUCCCGACUACACACGCAAAAUAGACAAACUCUGUGCCAUGGGCUUUGAUAAGAAUGCAGUAAUAGCGGCCUUGUCUUCAAAAUCCUGGGAUGUGGAAACGGCGACAGAGUUGCUCCUCAGCAACUAAACGCAGCCAGGUGUGAGGAUCCGAAACUCCCUUCAUCAUAGCAUCAGCUCCUCCCUGGCAUCCAUUCCACCAUUGCCUUUUGUUACACAGACAACCCCCCCACCUUCCCCCCAUUCGCCACAGCAGUCUGAGCCUUCUUUUAUAACAAGUUUGUUUGCUACAAACUCAACAACAGUAGCGCCGCAAUCGCCAAUAUGCACAACACCCUGUUGCCUGCCUGACCCCCAUCUGUCCAUUACGCUGUCUUUUCUUCCACUAAGUCAAACUGUGUAUCCUCGUAAUAAGCCACCAAAAGCUUUCAAUCAUUCAUCUUGUCUUCUAUGCUCUUUAUUCAUAUUGGCUCUGAAACCUUUUCUUUUUCGCAAAUUUCUGUUCCUAAUAUUGCAAAGAAUCAAAUAACUGCCAUUUCCUGGUAGAUUGUCCAGGGUGAAAUGUGAAGGAAGUCUGCAUACAACUCUCAGUAAAUCACCAUUUACUCCCUGCUUAGACCUUAUGUCAGAUUAUUCUCUUUUAUGGACAUUUAAUAAUAUAAAGGUCUAGCUGGAUUAAAUGUACUCGACUGGAUAGUGUUCUGCAAUGAACAGUGUAAUGGAUUGUUCCUGAACAGUUUAUCAUAGACGCUUCAAUCACCUGCUGAGUUUUUCUCUCUCUGCAGAAUUGAAAAAAAGAAAAGAUUACCCAAACAUCCUCAAAGAAGAAAAAAGUUAUCUGUAAAUAGAUGUGUGUAAAUUUGAAAAUACAAUGGGAUUACACUUUUUUUUUUCUUCUUACAUGGCAUUUUAAAACAAAUUAUUUUAAAUAUAAACUAUGCCUAGUUUACAAUUAUAUGGAGAUAUACGUUUUUUAAUGCUUUUGUGAUCCAUGAGAAAUCCCUAAGAAAUCCCUGUUUUUUUUUUCUUUUUAAGAUUGUUUAGGGGAUGAUAAAGCCACAAUCCUGGCCCUAAUGGGACAGGAGGUGACAGCCAGCUCAGGCCCUUACAUGCAGCCUUUUUCUGCUACAUCACAAUCCAACCUUUUCUCUUCCUUGCAUGUUCUAUGCUGCCUUUUUAUUUUAUUUGGCCAAAUGAUGUGGUGAUUGGGGGGGUAGUGUGUGGGUGUGUCUGUUUGGUUCAACCUCCCUUCAGACUUGUGGAACUCACGAGACUCUUUCUACUUUGUGGAAAGAGAGACACCUGGAAGCUCUGCUCGGCGAGCCACUUAAGCACAGUUUGGCACGAUAUCUGUAGUGAACCAAAGCCUUUUCUGUUGAGCAUGUUGCUGGGAAAUAUUCUCUUCUGCUCUGAACAGAUCCACCUGGCACCAACAGGGGACACACCUCAAGAAGAAAUGAGUGAUUCUGAAUGUCUAAGGAUUUUGAGUUCGAAGUGCUGUUUUUUAUUUUUAUUUUAUUUUUUAAACUGAUUUCAGAGCAAUCAUUCUCAACCAUAGGCACGUUACGUUCAACCACUGGUAAAGGGAUCUGCUCACCCUCUCAGUCCUGAUGUUGAUCAUUAAGAAGGGGAGCUUUAUCAGAAUCCCUGAUCCACUCCAGCAGUACGCAAUCAAAACUUUGGCCAUAUAUAGAGGGGUAUAGAUGACUUCCUAUAUUACCAAACAUGCUUUACUAAACAGCCAAAUAAAAUACUCAUUGAGGUUGUCUAUGAACGAUGUCUAAUGAGUAUUAAGAGGCUGGAACUCCUCUGAAGCAGAUAGCAGGCCUGCACAGUGUUUUGAUUUGAGGUACACAGACUGUAAAGAAAUGCUUCAUAUAUAGAGAAAUGGGGUGUUGAUGAAUCCUUACACAUGGCCUUUAAAAUAAAAUCUUCCUUUUGCUUGUCCUCCAGCCCGGUUGCUACCAACACUGGCAUAUUACUAGCCUGACCCACAUCAAGAUGUUGGCUGCAAAUUACUUUUGCUGCUGCUAGGGUGCGUCUAGAUUUCUAGGCUAGCAUAUUACAGUAUUACACAGUUAUCGUGCACAUUGUCCACAGAUGGUGAAGUUUAACAGCCAGAACCCCAAAAAAAAGGUUCAUAGUCAAAGGUAGAAGGCACAUGCCAUCUCCUUCACUUGUAAAUAGUCCAGUUCUUGGUGAAGAGCUGUCUCAUUUUCACUGGAGUGCACCAUUGAUGGCUGGAUCUAUAUUUUGUAAGAAAAAUGAAAAGAGGCCCCCUCCUCCCCAGUGUUCUCACUAUGUACAAUAUUGCACGAUGACGAAGCAUAGAAUAAGGGGCUGUUGCAUCUCAGUUUUUCCAUUUGGAUUGAGACUUAUUUUCCUCUUUUGUUUCCUUGGAAGCGAGCAUCAGCAGUAUAAAAGCAUGGUUAUUUAUUGUGACAGUGUCAUGUUUCUUUGAUUAAAAAAAAAAAAGUGGAAAA